GUGGAACCUUCAUUGUGGAAGAACGGCAAAUAUCGCUAUCUUCUAUAAGUAUGUUCUCCCACGAAAUAUCUCGUGAUACUCUAAAUCAGCAACUUGAAGUAUUUCCCCGGCUAGGAGAAGUAUGGGCAAUCUACAGUGAUUGGGACAUUGGGUGGUGCAAUAAUCCUGAAAUGCGGAAGAAGAGUGCCUUUUCUGUUGUAGAAAUUCUUACCAGUUAUUCAGAAGAAUCAGGCUGUACAGUUGCGCCCUUGGUAAAGGUAGGUGGAUUUAGAAGCGUUUUCCAGAGGUACAUGAGGAGUGGGAGGGAGCAGGUAUUACAAGUCUCUAGUGACAAUCUGCUCAUGUUUUCUCACAGGAUCCCUUUGUUUAGGUUUACUCAUGAGGCUGGAACAGUCCUGGAGCUUGAACAUUCUAUUGUACCAGAAAAUCUGCGGCAUCAAAAUACAUUGGCAAGUGUGACUCCUCUGUCCCCACUUUCAGGUUUGGAUAGUGAUACAAAUGGCUUUCACGAAGCUGCUAUGGCGCAAUUCUCCAGUGCUUCAACUAGCAAUUUGGGUUCAGGUAUUUCCCAGCAAGGAGUGAUGAACUACAAUAACAAGUUGUCACCUGAAGAUUUUAUGGAGGGGCAGAUCUGGGCUGUGUACGAUGCUCGGGAUCGGAUGCCUAGGUCUUAUGUCAGAAUAAUCCAUGUGGUUUCAGAUGCUACAAUUUUUGUGUUGAAGUUGGAACCACAUCCAAUGCUUAACGAAGAAAUACGGUGGGUCGAAGAUGGCUUACCGGUUGCUUGUGGGGUAUUUCGAGCUGGUACUGGAACUACUUACAAGGACAUAUCAGCUUUCUCUCAUCCUGUACAGUGUGACUGGAGCUCAAAGAAGUCUUUCUAUCGAAUCUUCCCGAAGAAAGGGGAAAUAUGGGCAAUGUACAAAAAUUGGAAGAUUACCUUAAAUAGCACUGAUAUUGACAAAUGUGAACCUCGCAUGGUUGAGAUCCUCUCAGAUUACACUGAUGAGAAUGGAGUUAAUGUGUGCAGCUUGACUCGCGUAAAAGGCUGUUUAUCAUUUUUCCAGAGAGCAUUACUGGAAGGUUUCCAUUUGACAAGAUGCUACUAACAGGUUCCUGGUUGGGUAUAUCUUCUCCCGGACCCUGCUGUUCUUCUGGUUGCUUCUUGUUGAGAGCUCUUUGGACGGGGAAUCCCAUCGAUUACACUGCUAAUUAAUUUUUUACCGCGAUGGAACAUAAAAGGUAGAUGAAUGGUUGGAAGCUGAUGUGAUGUUUGUGAGAUCUGCUGAUGUUGCGUUGGUGCCUAAGAUAAGUUACAAUCACAAACCAAUAAAGAGGCCUGGGAAUGUUUCCUGUAUUAGGUCGUCCAGAAUGCCUUUACCAAUGCUUCUAUCAUGAUUAUAAUAUGGCAAGUCUCUGUAUCAAAAAAUGAGAUUUGCAAAACCACAGGCAAGUGAACGACGUCUUGUGAUGCACUGAUGCCACCCUUACCCAAUUGCUUAAGCAGUUUAAACAUCAGCAUAUAGGAUUUGCUUUGUUCGAUUAUUGUAAUAGUACUAAUCAAAUACAGCUGACCAAAUACAAUCGAUCUUUUGGAUGGGCCAAAUUUUGCUUUC